GUUGUUUAUGCCCGAUUAUUACUAUUAAAAUGCAGUAAUGUUUGUCAACGAAGUAAACGAUGUAAAAAUCUACAACUUGAGCGCCGGCAAAUCGGUGCCAGAUUGGCUCACCGAUCGCCGAAAGCGCUCACAGCUGAUGAAGAAGGUGGAUUCCCGCCGACAGAUCGAGCUGAUUCAGGACUUUGAUAUGCCCGGCGUGUGCACUAGCAUACGCAUGAGUCCAGACCAUCAAUAUAUACUCGCCACAGGCACGUACAAGCCGCGCGUCAAAUGCUUUGAGGUGUCAAAUUUAUCAAUAAAAUUUGAGCGCUGCUUUGACUCGGAAGUGACCACAUUUGAGGUGAUCAGCGAUGACUACACCAAAAUGGUGUUUCUCCAAUGCGAUCGCUAUGUGGAAAUCCAUGCUGCACAUGGCCGGCACUACAGACUGCGUAUUCCGCGCUUUGGACGCGACAUGAAGUUUCAUAAAGCCAGCUGUGAUAUGUUCAUCGUUGGCGUGGGCAGGGAUAUUUAUCGGUUGAAUCUUGAGCGUGGGCAGUUUUUGCAGCCCUUUGAAUCAGAUGCCAGCUCCCUGAAUGCUUGCGAGGUGAAUCCAGAGCAUCAUCUGCUGGCUGUUGGCACCAAAGAGGGAACGGUCGAGGCCUGGGAUCCACGUAGCAAACAACGUUGCGCCACCUUGGAUGUGGCUAUCAAACUGCCGGGCAUCAAAGAGUUUCCCUCGGUUACGGCGCUCAAAUUUCGAAAUGGAUUGCAAAUGGGCGUUGGCACCGCCUCUGGACAUGUGCUGCUGUAUGAUAUACGCGCUCGACAACCGUUGCUGAUUAAGGAUCAUUUGAAUAAGCUGCCCAUCAAGCGACUGUCUUUCAAUCCAGCUCAGAAUGCCGUCUACAGCUUGGAUGAGGCGACUCUCAAGUUGUGGGACGAACAAACGGGCAAACAAAUCGCCUAUGUGGAGUCGUCCAGUUCGUUUAAUGACUUCUGUACCAUACCCGACACGGGAAUGUUCUUUCUGGCGCAGGAGGAUGUGAAAAUGUUGACAUACUAUGUGCCAGCAAUGGGACCAGCGCCUCGCUGGUGCUCUUUCCUCGAUAAUCUCACCGAGGAAAUUGAGUCGGAGGUGGUGGAGAAUGUCUACGAUGACUAUCAGUUCAUCACACAAAAGGAGCUCGCCGAACUGGGAAUGGAGCAUUUAAUAGGCUCCAGUUUGCUCAGGGGCUAUAUGCAUGGCUAUUUCAUGGAUGUGAGAUUGUACAACAAGGCAAAGGCUAUUGUGGAACCAUUUGCCUUUGACCGCUUCCGUAAGGAGAAAAUCAGGCAGGAAAUCGAAAGCGAACGCAAGUCGCGUUUGCAAAUUGAAUCCAAAUUGCCCAAGGUCAACAAGGAGCUGGCACUUAAGAUUAUGGAUGAGCAGGUGAAUCCGUCGAAUAGCGCCAAACAACGCCAAAUGCCCAGCUUGCUGCAGGAUACGCGCUUCAAGGCCAUGUUCGAGAACAGUGAUUUUGCCGUCAACAAGGCGGCCGAGGAGUAUCGUCUGCUGGCGCCAGUGCUCAAUCGCCUGGAUAAGUCUAAGGCCAAGGAAAUUAAACAGCGUGUAGAAGUUGCACGCGUCGCCGAGCUGCAUGCGGAGGAGGCACAAACCCGUGAGGACAGCGACAACGAUGAGGAUCUGUUUGGCUUUGAGAAGAGCGAUGGGCAGGAGAGCAGCGGAGAUGAAGCUUCCUCGGAUGAUGAAGAUAGGCGCGAGUAUAUCAAAGACAUGAAACAAGCCUACAAACAGGUCAAAAAACAGCGUGACGAAGAAGAGGACGAGGAGGAGAAGCAGCAAAAUGAACACGACGAAGAGGAACCAGAUGGACCCGAUGAUUAUGCAGCACCAAUAACAAAUGGCAACGCCUUAAAGCCGUCCACAAAUGGUUCUCAAUUCAAGUUAACACCUCUGGACAAACAUCAGGGCAACAGCGAGCUGCAGCGGCGAUUGAAGCAGGUCAGCCUGCAAGAUCGCGUGCGCAUCGUGUCCAGCCUGGAAGGACAAGUGACGAACGUUGGUCGCUCCUUGGGCAAUAGACAGAUGACAUUCGAGGUGAACAAGGAAAAGAAAUCGCAGCACAUGGUCAAGAAGCGGGAGGCGGAGCUUAAAAGGCAUCGCGAGGAACGCCGUGGCAUUGUGAGGCCAAUUAAAUCCCUUCGAUUGAAGAAAGUUAAUUUUAAGUAGGCAUUUUUCAAACAGUUCGUGUACAUAAAGUUUUAGUUUAUGUAAAAUUAUAUUAAUCAAUUUAUAUGACCACCUUAAA